AAUUAAAUGGCUGUGAAAUUUGUAAUGAGAAUUACUUUCUUACUUCUGCUGGCAGUGGCAUAUGAAUUAGCAGAAGGAGCACCACCUAUGGCAAAACCCAAUUGUCGUGAUAGCUGCGGAAAGGUUUCGAUUCCAUAUCCGUUUGGAAUCAGAAGCGAUUGCUUCAUGCACCAGUCGUUUGAAAUUGUUUGCAGUGAAAGUGGCGUCGCUGCUGCUGCUAUAGCCUUCUUACCCAGCAUUGGCAACAUGGAGGUGCUGGAAAUCAAUAUUAGUGAACCGUAUGGUACUAAUGAUAUUUCUUAUGAUCCCGGACUCAUUCGAGUCAAGAUGCCUAUUAUUUCUUUAAACUACACAAAUCAGAGUUCGGCGGGGAGUGUUGCACCGGUGAACAUCUUCGGAACUCCAUUUUUCUUCUCGUCAAAAUGGAAUAAAUUCGUUUCGGUUGGUUGCAACAAUUUGGCCACAAUGACUGGUCUGGAUCCUAUGGGUGUGGUUGGUUGCAAGCCGGAUUGCAGUAAAGAAAAGUUGAUAGUUAAAUGCUCAGGGUCCGACUACUGCCAGACCACAAUCCCUGAUGGGAUUCAGCUACUUAAUGUUACUUUCUGGAAUACAACAAACACGAGUAGUUGCAGACGUGCCUUCCUAGCAGAGAGAGAAUGGUUAAAUAAAACAGAUCCCUCUGCCGCUAACCAUGUUCUGAAUUUGGAUUACGUUCCUGUGGUGCUGGAGUGGACUGUAUUAAACUUCUCUGAAGCCUAUGGUUUUGAGGAGUUGUAUGUUAGACGGCAUAUAGAUUGGAGUUAUACAAGAUACGACGUCAAGUAUUAUUUUUGCCGUUAUGGAUACGAAGGAAAUCCUUAUCUUGACAUGGGAUGUCAAGAUAAAAAUGAAUGCGAAGACAAAAAUUCAAAGUAUCCCAUUUGUUUACCUGGUUUAGAGUGUGAGAAUACAGAAGGCAGUUACAAUUGCAACAAGCGAAAGUCUCCAUUGAAGAUAGCCAUUCUAGUUAUUUCUCCAAGCUUUGGGUUAUUGUUUCUACUCCUUGUUAUUUGGUGGUCAUAUAAAGUGAUAAAGAAAAGAAACAAAAUAAAGCUCAAGCAAAAAUUCUUCAAAAGGAAUGGUGGUUUGUUAUUACAACAACAAUUAUCUUCAAAUGAAAACAACGUUCAGAAGGCAAAAUUAUUCAAUUCAAUAGAGUUGGAAAAUGCAACUGAUGGUUUUAAUGAAAAUAGAAUACUUGGUAAGGGUGGACAAGGAACAGUUUAUAAAGGAAUGUUAAUUGAUGGAAGAAUUGUGGCAAUUAAAAAGUGCAACAUAGUGGAUGAGGGAAAUCUUGAACAAUUCAUUAAUGAGAUUACCAUCCUUUCACAAAUCAAUCAUAGAAAUGUGGUUAAACUACUUGGGUGUUGUCUUGAGACAGAAGUUCCUUUGUUAGUUUAUGAAUUCAUUCCCAAAGGCACACUUUUUCAGUAUCUCCACGAAGAAAAUGAAGAUUUUCCAUUGUUAACAUGGGAUAUGCGCCUAAGAAUUGCCACAGAAAUUGCGGGAGCUCUAUCAUACUUACACUCUGCAGCUUCACUGCCCAUUUAUCAUCGAGACAUAAAAUCUUCAAACAUACUCCUUGAUGACAAAUAUAGGGCAAAAGUAGCAGAUUUUGGCACUUCAAGAUCAGUUGCCAUUGACCAAACUCAUGUAACCACACUAAUAUAUGGUACUUUUGGUUACUUAGAUCCAGAAUACUUUCAAACAAGUCAAUUUACAGACAAAAGUGAUGUUUAUAGUUUCGGAGUGGUUCUUAUUGAGCUUUUAACAGGAGAAAAACCAGUUUCUUCGACAAGAUCAGUAGAAAGUCAGAAUCUAUCUACAUAUUUUCUUCAUUCAUUAAAAGAGAACCGUCUCUUUGAUAUACUUGAUACUCAAGUACGUAAGGUUUGUAAUAAAGAUGAAGUCAUGGCGAUUGCUAACCUUGCAAAAAGAUGUUUGCACUUGAAUGGAAAGAAACGACCUACCAUGAUAGAGAUCAUGAUGGAAUUGGAGGGAGUUCAAAAAGGUUUCCCUGUUCAACCAAAUUUUGAUGAACUUGAAUAUGUUAGAAAUAAAGAAAUGGGGCCAAGGAAUGACAUUUCAAUUUCAACAAGUUCAUGUUUAGAACUAGGUUCAGCUUCAUCAUCAAACGCCCUACCACUUUAAAUUGGUUUGAUUAAUAAACUAUGUACUUAAUUAUUUUUGUUUCAUGUUGUAAACUAUUAUCAAAUCUUAUUACUUAUUUUAGAUUCCCAUUAGUAGAGUAGCA